AUGUCUGAUCCCAAAAUCUACACGGUCGGAUGGAUCUGCGCCGUUACGGCGGAGUCCGUUGCCGCCAGGGCUUUCCUUGACGAGGAACAUGCAGGUCCGCGACAAGUCGCCCAACAAGACAGCAACAGCUAUGUCCUGGGCAGCAUCGGCAGCCAUAACGUCGUCAUUGCCGCCUUGCCUGAAGGAGAGUAUGGCACGACCUCAGCAGCAACGGUAGCCAAAGACAUGCUCCAUAGUUUCCCGAACGUGCGCAUUGGGCUUAUGGUUGGCAUAGGGGGCGGUGCUCCAAGCAAAAAGCAUGACAUACGACUUGGUGAUAUUGUUGUCAGCAAACCAGGCGGCGGACAUGGCGGGGUAUUCCAAUACGAUUUCGGCAAAACCAUCCAGAACCGCUCGUUCCAGGAGACCGGAUUCUUGAACCAGCCACCGGUGCUGCUGCGAACGGCUCUUGCCACGCUGAAAGCCACGUAUGAAAUGAAGGGUCACCGGCUUGUUGAAGAUGUAAACAAGAACCUUGAGAAGAUCAGGAGGCGGAGCAAAUACAAACAACCGGACCCAGCAAGCGACAGGCUGUAUAAGUCUCAUAUUCUACAUCCUUCGAACUCACCCGACGAAUGCGACAUCGCAUGUGGCAAUAAUACUGCAUCUCUCAUAACCCGACCCGAACGAGACGAAGAGGACGACGAUCCCGCUAUUCAUUACGGCCUGAUUGCCAGUGGGAAUCAACUAAUGAAGGACGCGCGUAUCCGGGAUAAAUUAGCUGCGGAAAGGAAUGUUCUCUGCUUUGAGAUGGAGGCGGCCGGCCUGAUGAACCACUUCCCUUGCCUGGUCAUCCGGGGGAUUUGUGACUACUCCGACUCGCACAAGAACAAGGAGUGGCAAGGCUUUGCGGCCAUGAUGGCUGCAGCGUAUGCAAGGGAUCUUCUGCGUCAAAUUGCACCAACCAGUGUCGAAGCUGAGAAGCCAAUUGGCGAAAUGCUUGAUUCCAUUCAACGUCGUCUUUCCGACCUCAAAGAGAGACUACAGGAUCUCAAGCUCGACAAGGCUGAGGAUCUCUCUGUUGCCCGCAGUCCUCAUUUCGUCGUACCGUUUCCUUCCGAUCCCGACUUUGUGAACCGGUCCGACAUCUGGACAUGGAUUGAAGAGCGGCAUGCUGGACCUGAGAGUCGCUUCGCUCUCGUGGGUAUGGGCGGGUUUGGCGUCUUUUGGGUCCAUGGCAGCACGAAAGCAACGUUUGAAGAGUCCUACCGCUCCAUAGCAGACGUCCUAACGCUUCCCCGUCGCCACGACCCUGACGUCGAUAUCCUGGUGCUGGUCCGCGACUGGCUACAGCGAGAGGAUGUGAGCCUGUGGCUUAUGAUUAUCGACAAUGCGGAUGACAUUCAGAUGUUGUUCUCUAAGCGUAAUAGCGAGAAGCUAAUAACGUCUUAUCUACCAAAGAGAGAAAACAGCAAGAUCCUGAUUACAUCGCGCAGUUCAGACGCUGCGGAGAGGUUAACAGGUAACGUCAGGAUGAUCUACACGGUCCCAACAAUGGAGGACGAACAGGCUCUGCAGCUACUACAAAAGAAACUAGGCCGGGACGUCAACGAAGCUGCCGCAUUACGGCUGAGCCGCACCCUUGAGUGUAUACCUCUCGCCGUAAACCAGGCAGCGGCGUAUAUCAACAAACGAAGCCCCCGGGUGACCAUUCUGUCGUACUUGGACGAAUUUCAGAAGAGUGAAAAAAGAAAGGGCACUCUUCUUCGCAGCGAUAGAGGGGAUAUCCGUCGAUAUGACGGGGUGUCCAAUUCCGUCGUAGUAACGUGGCAGGUGACGUUUGAGCAGAUCAAACGAGAGCAGCCGCGGGCGGCGAACAUGUUAUCGCUAAUGAGCUAUUUCCACGCUCAAAAUAUCCCCGAGUAUAUGUUGCACAACUAUGGCAGCGGCGACAUACAUUCUGAAGAGGGCAGCGAUGAGGAUGGGGGAACCAGCGAUGUCGACUUUGAGGAUGACCUGGAUGUGCUCCGGGGCUACUCACUCGUUACUAUAACAGCUACGCCGGGUCUCUUGGAGAUGCACUCGCUAGUGCAAUUUUGCACCAAAGUUUGGAUCUCAGAAUUUGGUUCUCCUGACCAAUGGAAGACGCUAUUUCUUCAAUCAGCCUCGGAACACUUCCCAUCGGGCGUAUUUGAAACGUGGCAGCAGUGCCAAACGCUGAUGCCCCACAUACAGCCCCUAUUAGAUAUAGAACCGUCAGAAGAAUGCAACCGGCUAGAAUGGGGCAAGUUACUGACAAAUGUGUCUUGGUACUUGGUGAUGCUUGGCAACUAUUCUAAGGCGGAGGUGAUGGUUCAACAGGCUGUGGGCACGCGGGCAGAGAUUCUAGGUCAGGAGCAUCCCUCCACGCUGAUGAGCAUGGCCAACCUGGCGUCGACGCUUUGGAACCAAGGCCGGUGGAAGGAGGCUGAGGAACUGGACGUGCGGGUGAUAGAGAUGAGAAAGAGGGUGCUUGGGGAGGAGCAUCCCUCGACGCUGAUGAGUAUGGCUAACCUGGCGUCGACGUACAGGGACCAAGGCCGAUGGAAGGAGGCCGAGGAGCUGGACAUGCGGGUGAUAGAGACGUGUUUGAGGGUGCUUGGAGAGGAGCAUCCCUUGACGCUGACGAGCAUGGGCAACCUGGCGUCGACGUUUUGGAACCAAGGCCGAUGGAAGGAGGCUGAGGAACUGGACGUGCGGGUGAUAGAGACGAGUUUUAGGGUGCUUGGAGAGGAGCACCCCGACACGUUGAUGAGCAUGGCCAACCUGGCGUCGACGUAUAGCGACCAAGGCCGAUGGAAGGAGGCUGAGGAGCUGUUUAUACAGGUGAUAGAGCUGAGAAAGAGGGUGCUUGGAGAGGAGCAUCCCCACACGCUGACGACCAUGGCCAACCUGACGUCGACGUUUUGGAACCAAGGCCGAUGGAAGGAGGCUGAGGAGCUGUUUAUACAGGUGAUAGAGACGAGUUUGAGGGUGCUUGGAGAGGAGCAUCCCAACACGUUGAUGAGCAUGGCCAACCUGGCGUCGACGUACAGCGACCAAGGCCGAUGGAAGGAGGCCGAGGAGCUACAAGCAAAGGAACUAAGUAUUUGCUCGAGGGUGCUUAGAGAGGAGCAUCCCGACACGCUGACGAGCAUGGCCAACCUGGCGUCGACGUACAGGGACCAAGGCCGAUGGAAGGAGGCCGAGGAGCUGGAGGUACGGGUGAUGGAGACGAGAAAGAGGGUGCUUGGAGAGGAGCAUCCCCCGACGCUGACGAGCAUGGCCAACCUGGCGUCGACGUACAGGAACCAAGGCCAAUGGAAGCAGGCCGAGGAGCUGGAGGUACGGGUGAUGGAGACGAGAAAGAGGGUGCUUGGAGAGGAGCAUCCCUCGACGCUGACGAGCAUGGCCAACCUGGCGUCGACGUUUUGGAACCAAGGCCGAUGGAAGGAGGCCGAGGAGCUGGAGGUGCGGGUGAUGGAGACGAGAAAGAGGGUGCUUGGAGAGGAGCAUCCCGACACGCUGACGAGCAUGGCCAACCUGGCGUCGACGUUUUGGAACCAAGGCCGAUGGAAGGAGGCCGAGGAGCUGGAGGUGCGGGUGAUGGAGACGAGAAAGAGGGUGCUCGGAGAGGAGCAUCCCGCGACGCUGACGAGCAUGCAUAGUCUUGCCUUCACUUGGAAAGAUCUGGAGCGGUGGGAAGAUGCGAUACAACUGCUACAAGACUGCUUUCGCCGGAGAGAGAACGUUCUUGGUGCGGACCAUCCAAAAACCAUGUCUUCCGCAUCGGCCCUAUCGGCCUGGAAACUAGAGUUUGGGGGAAGCAGUCAUGAGUUUCCAUGA